AUGGACCUGACCUCCACGGCCCCAUUUCCUACACAGUUUCUACAGGAAUUGGAUAAUGGUGAAGCAUCUAAUGAAAAGCUACAAGGAGUCAACAUUUGGAAUAAAUUUGAGUGGCACAAAACCUUUUAUGCAGUGGAUAACCAUGAAUAUACUACAGUGUUCAUCACUCUGAUCUGUGGACUUUGUGGACUCGUAGGAAAUAGCAUCUUCUUCUGGCUCGUUGGCUUCCGCGUUAAGAGAAGCCCUUUCUCUACUUAUGUGUUUAAUCUGGCUACGGCUGACAUCAUUUUCCUUUGCUUCCUGACUUUCUUAUCCACAGUGAAAAUUUUUCACAUCUAUCUGCCUUUCUCAACAUACACAGGAUUGGUAUUAGCUGAAACAAUCGCUGAUGAUGUGGGUCUGGGCCUCCUGGCAGCCAUUAGCACUGAGUGCUGUCUCUCUGAAUUUUUCCCCAUUUGGUAUCAAAGGCAACGCCCAAAAUAUACAUCAAUUGCUGUGUGCAUCUGGUUCUGGGUUCUAGCUUUCCUGCUACUGACAUUAAAUUAUGUAAUAUGUAAUAAUUCCCUCUAUGGCACUGCCUGUCAGGGAUAUGAAGUGACCCAGGCAGCAUGGACUGUGCUCCUGGUCUCAGUGCUGUGUGUUUCCAGCCUGACUCUGAUCCUCAAGGUCCAGUACAGCUCUCGGCGCCCUCAGCAUCCCAGGUUCUACGUCCUUGUCCUGCUCAUGGUCCAUAUAUUUCUUGGCCUUGGCCUACCUUUGAUUAUCUUUAUUGUUGGAAAGUUAGAGGAGAGAACUUAUCUCUCCAAGGUUACUCCCUUACUUCUCUGUGUGAACAGUAGCAUUCACCCCUUCCUUUCCUUCUUUGUGGGGAUCCUAGAUAAGAGUCAAAAGGAACCCCUCAGGUUGAUUCUUCAAAGGGUUCUGAGUGAUAAGGAAGAUCCAGGGGGAUUUAAUGAGACAUCCUGCAUGGAAACCAUGGAGAUGUCACCUGGUAGGGGACGCUAG